AUCGCGAGAACUGCUUCGACGUUCUGGCUACAGGUUCGGAGCGCGGGUCUCUUCUGCGGAAACUGACAUUGCGUUUCCGUUGUCGGCCUCCCACUGCAGUAUCACCUUCUCCCCCAAGUGUGACAACCAAAGAUGUCUCCAGAUAUUGCCAGAUGUCCUCUUGGAAGCAAGAUCGCUCCGGGUUGAGAUCCACAGAGCUAAACGUUUUAGAGUACCAACCAUUGUGUGCUGUGAGGUAAAGGAGCCAUAUAUUGAAGACCAUGUCUGGGAGCUUCUACUUUGUAAUUGUUGGCCACCAUGAUAAUCCAGUUUUUGAAAUGGAGUUUUUGCCAGCUGGGAAGGCAGAAUCCAAAGACGACCAUCGUCAUCUGAACCAGUUCAUAGCUCAUGCUGCUCUCGACCUCGUAGAUGAGAACAUGUGGCUGUCGAACAACAUGUACUUGAAAACCGUGGACAAGUUCAACGAGUGGUUUGUGUCAGCAUUUGUCACUGCGGGGCAUAUGAGGUUUAUUAUGCUUCAUGACCUAAGACAAGAAGAUGGAAUAAAGAACUUCUUUACUGAUGUUUAUGAUUUAUAUAUAAAGUUUUCAAUGAAUCCAUUUUAUGAACCCAAUUCUCCUAUUCGAUCAAGUGCAUUUGACAGAAAAGUUCAGUUUCUUGGGAAGAAACACCUUUUAAGCUGAAUGCAGAAAAUUCCAAAAUAAAUGAUGUCACCACAAUGGUGUAUACUCAGGAAUGUGUACAUUGUAAGUUACCUGAUUAAUUAGCCUGGAAAACUUU